GGCCGGGCCCGAAAGAGUGACAGCCGUAGCGGCUCGGUUCGGCGCGGCCGGGCCUGAAUGGGGCGGCUCAGGCUGUGGCCCCGGUGCCGGCCUUCCCCCUGCCUCAGCCCGCGGUUCGCAGAGUGGAAUUGUGAUCCAUCACUAUGAGAAACAACAGCCCGUGAGUUUGUUUCCAGCCUUCUUGUACUCAUCAGAUAAGUUGUACUCCAAGUUCUCCGUGGGGAAGAUUUGUCCUUGAGGAGACAUGGCCUUCCCCAGCUGGAAGUGCCUCCUCCUUGUGGGCAGGCAGAACACCUUUGCCAGAGCUUGGAGGAGCAGGAGGGGUGGCCCCUCUCUUCGCUGGAAGCGCUGCUGCCACUGGAGCUCUGGCAAGGCUCUGGACCCUGAGGUGAGAGCAUUUCUGGAGGAGAACACAGAGGUCACCAGCAGUGGGCAUCUCACACCAGAGAUACGACUACGCCUCCUCACCCCUCACUGCAGGUUCUGGAGGGAAAAACCUGACCUGUGGCCUUAUGGGGACCCCUUCUGGGCAAUUUACUGGCCAGGAGGCCAAGCCCUCUCCAGGUACAUCCUAGAUAAUCCAUGUGUUGUUAAAGGAAGAUCAGUUUUGGAUCUUGGAAGUGGAUGUGGAGCAACAGCAAUAGCUGCUAUGAUGAGUGGUGCAUCACAAGUCCUUGCUAAUGACAUUGACCCUAUUGCAGGAAUGGCAAUGAUCUUGAACUGUGAGUUGAACCACAUGAAUCCCUUCCCCAUCACCAUUAAGAACAUCAUUAAUUCAGAGGCUGGCAACUGGGACCUAAUUGUUCUAGGAGAUAUGUUUUAUGAUGAACAACUUGCUGAUGGUCUGCAUCACUGGCUGAGAAAAUGCAUCAGGAUACAGCAAACUGAAGUGCUCAUUGGUGACCCUGGCAGGCAUCAGUUUUUAAGCCACAGCAUUCACAGCCAUUUGCACAAAGUUAUAGAAUAUUCACUUCCUGAAUAUACUAGACAAGAAAACAAUGGAUUAACAUCAAGUAUUGUCUGGAGUUAUCAGCCCACAAAUAGCUUAGAAAACUGUUGAAGCUCACUUCCUAAAGAAUUUUGUCUCAUGUGGUUGGCUUGUUUUUGUAAGUAUGUAAAAUGAAAAUGAGAAUUAAACAUAGAACAUAUCUCUUGAUACAAAGUAGAUUACUGUGCUUUCACUGUACUGAUUUUGCUCCCUUUGAGGUAAAAACUACAUGAAACCUGUAUUCAAAGGGGCUGAGCUGGAGUGCAAAUCCAAAGAAGAGUUACAUGUAAGAGUUUGCAUGCUUGAUGUUUUUCAUGUAUAUUCAUGUCUUGCUCUCUUACGCUAUUGUGAAAUGUUCUGGACAUCCAGCAUACUGCUGCAGGAAGAAGGCAGUGGCUGAAAGAUUACUGGCACUGCUUUCACAGAUUCUUGCAGCCAAUUUACAGAGAAAAUUAUUGCUGUUCUUCGUAAGACUCUCUGCUAGAUUACUAGAGCUCAUACUAUGCUCAACUUAAAGUGCCUUGCUCUUUUUCUGGAUAUCUCUUCUAAAUGUCAAAGUAACUAAUUUAAAUCUCCCCUUUCCCCUCUGUAAUAAAAAUUUA